AUGCUUUCUCGCGCGGAACCGACCCGUGUAUACCCGCCCCCUCCGCCUUCUACCACCCCGCUUCUCCCCCUUGCCGCGCCUCGCCCCUACUCGGAUUUCUCGUCCUUUUCUUCCUGGGCCUCUCGCGUGCCGUCUCGCCUCCGCCAACCCUCCGGAUCCGCCUUCCCCGGGCCUCCGCCGCCCGCUGCCCCGCCUCCGCCUUUCCCGGCUCCGUUCCUGCCUCCGUUUCCGACGCUACGUCCGCCCUUCCCCGCGAUUCGGCCGCUCGGCCGCCCGGUUCCGCCGCCCCCCAACAGCCGGCGAAAUAGACGAGACAAACCGUUCCCCGUGCCGAAUCAAGGCAGGCCUUCCGGCUUCACGCGAGGGGACAAUGGCCUGGGCGCGCCCCCCGCGUCGCUCCUCCCACCGUCUCCGCUCCCCACAGUCGUUCAGUGUGUGGGGCCCCCGCCGACAGAGACAGCCGCUUCGGGCCGCAGAAGACUGGGGACACUCGGCGCCGCGGGUCCGGAGAACGAGGCCUGCUUGCCGAGGGUGCCUGGCGCCGAUGCGGCCCUCUCAGAGUCGCGUACGCGCGGGCGCAGUCUGAUGAGUGCGGUUGGAGUGCCUGAGGGCGACGCGAGUCACCGAGCCGCGACGGCCAAGGGGGCUGUGAACCGCCACGACAAGAAGCCUGCAGGGACCGUAAACGGCUGGAGACGGUCGCGGUCCGGAGAAAGACUGGAGACGAGAGACGGGAACGGACGCGACGCCUCCCGAGCCAGACCGAGAGAGGCAGACGACUGUGGAAACCCAGGCGCGCGCGGUGAAGCGAGGCAAAGGCCUGACAGCUUUUCUGUGCGACGCCUGGCUUGCCCGUCCGCCUCCAAAAGCCGAGACGGCGAUCCCCGCCACUGCGCGUACGCCCCCGACGCGGGCGACUCUGGGCGGGCGCUGUCCCAGAGCUCUGUGGGCUUUCCCCGCGGGCAAGGUCUGUCGAGGGGCGACGCCCGGGACGUUGCGCUCGCGUCGUCGUCGAGUUCUAGGGAGCUGCGCCGGUUGUCGGGCGAGGGCGGGCUGUGUGACGCCGUGAGCAGCCCGCGACUCCUCUCGUGCUUCGCAGGGCGCCGGGAGUUCUCCGCGGGGCCUUCGGCGGGAUCUGGCGAAGGCGACUUGCAUGCAGACCUCCAUCGGGGCCCUCAGGGGUUCCGGCCGCCAGCCGCGGCCUUCUACGCGGCUGGCCCUGGCGACGGCCGCGCUGGGAGUCGGUCGAAGGGCGAGUCGCCGUGCCACGACGCCUACCCUCGCCAGCACCCGGUUUCGUUCUUCGACCGCGGUCUCGAGCCCCAGGGGUCCCUGCGGGGCGCAUAUCCGUCUUGGGGCUCCGCAGACCCCUCGCCGCGGCGUCGGAGUGCUCGGGCCUCGUCUGCGGACGACCCAGGCGAGACCGGCCGCCGAGCCGGAGACGAUGAAGCCUUCUGUUGGGCUUCCGCGUCCUUGUCCGCUGCGUAUGAGAAGUCCACACACUUGAGCAGUGACGUCUCGGUCGCUACGUGGUCGGGCGAUCCUCGUUUUUCGACGCUUUGUCGAGCAGAGUCGUGGUCAGGAUCGGCCAACGCCCCGGCGACAACUGCGGCACGGGUGACAUCCUUCAUGCCGCCGCUCGGUUUUCACGCGUUCCCCGCAAUUCUCGGCGCUGCAUGCAGAACCGCGGACGACGACGACGGGGAGACGUCGAUGGUGAUUGACGACGGAGACGGAGAGACAGCCAUGGUGAUUGAAGACGAAGAAAUGCAUGCACCCCGACUCAGCGCCGAGAGUGUGGACGCGUCCAAGGGAACGGAGGACCAGAGCAACUUUCGAAGCCUGUCCACCUCGGACACAUUGGUGUUGGAAUCUUUCUCUCCCACGAUGCGCCACGAAACGGUGACAGGGAGAUCUGUGAACAUCAGGGGGAAGCGCCAGGGAAAGAAGAGUGAACAGGAAAGGCCCCCUGCCUUUUCAAGAGGGUCAAACGUGACCGUGGCGGCAUACGCAGAUUUGUCAUCCGCUCCUCAGACCCAGGUCUGUCUCCGUUCCUUUUCCGAGAAGCAGCAAGAGGCCCAGCGCGUCACACAUGAUCGAGAAGUCCGAUUGUCGGGCUCGAGGCGGGAAGACGAGGACGGGGGUUUUUGCCCCUCCGGCCGGCAGGCAGACCCGACAGGGCGCCGCGACACAGGGAGCGGAGGCCGUGGAGCCUCCACGGGGGUGUCGGUGUGCCUCAGCCGUCUCCCCGCAGGGGACAGUGGGAGCGAGAGUGGCGUGAAGGGAGGCGACGCCAGCUGGUUCGAAGGCCCGGAAGAAACGGCGACGACGCCAGGUUCGGACGAAUCAGGCACACGAUCGGUGCCGCGCGCACCGUGUUUGAUGGCCACCGGGCCCGCGGGGAAAGGCGAUCGACGCGAGGAGACACGUGCGCAUGGCGAGGGCGGCGAAGCGGAGCCAGCGCGUCUGUCGGCUGCGAGAGAAAAAACGGCAAAGAAAAGAAGGAAGUCGGCUCGGCCGGAGUGGAGAGAGGAAGGAGCGGAGACUCCGUCUGCAGGACGCGUUGCCUUGACAGCUCGGGAGGCGCAACAGGUCCGAGGCCUUCCGCCCCUCCUUCAAAGAUUUUCCCCCGAAGAGAACGGACGCCCAGCUGCUUUCAACGCGAGUCAGGCCGCUCGCGCAGCACUCGACCGCGUCGAAGCGUGCAUUCAGAGAGACGCCCAGCAACGCCUGCAAGCGUCGACCGUUCUGAGGCCGGGGGCAGAUCCCGGAAGGAGGGGAUCGGACGGUGGGCGCGACGCGCCUGGUGACGGGCCAGGAGACAGGCGCGGGGCCGAGCGUCGCGGGGCUUCGUCGUCCGUGGGAGCGGCGAGCGGUCGAGACACCGAGCCUGCCCCGGUUGAGAAGGAAGCGAGCGGCAGGUGGGAGGAAGAGCUGACCGCGUCGGCACCAGAUCAGAGGGCCGAGAGUCACCGCGACCGUGUCGCGUUCCCCUCUCAGCAGCCAUCCGAGGGAGACGGCGGGCAAGAGCGAAGCGCGCGGCCGGGAAGCGAGCGAGAAAGGGACGUAUCUGUCUCUUUCGAAAGGCCGGCGAAUCGAUGGAGCAAGACUUGCGAACAUGGGCUUAACGGCCACAUACCGUCCGCGGAGCCCCAGAAACCCGUUCGCUGCGUUGCCAGCUCGGAGCGGUACCCGGGCACAGGGCCUCCGCCGGCGCCUGAGGCGUCGCUGUCCGACUCGGUCUUUCGUGGCUCUUCGUCCCGGCGCUAUGAGUUGCUGCCUGUCCACGUCACGCCUCACCAUCCUUCCUUUGCGUCGUGUACUUCCGGGAGGCCUCGAGACGCGUCGUUGCCAAAAGCUCCGACGUCCCCGGCGUUUCCGGCCGUUCGAAUUCUGCGCCUCAAGAAAGAUAGUCGGUCCCCAUCGUUAGAGAAAGCAGAGGCGACACGUGUCAGGGACAGGCGCGAGCAAGACGAACACCGCGGCCUCGCCUCCGGAGGCCCGACGGUUGCGGCCUCGCACCGAUGGAGAGAGCGAAGAGACUCCGCGGCGCGUGUCCCGCCUGGACCCUCGCUGCGGCAUCCGCAAGCGGUCAGCGCCGCACUGGUUCAGAAUCCCGUUUCGCCCUCGGUCCAAGGACGCAGGGGGGCGGAGCCGCGAGCGAACGCCGAGCGAGACGCAGGCUGCGAGAAAGAUGGCGGCGACUCUGAGAAACGGCGAGUGACCGGCUUCCGCGGAGAGGUGGAGACGCGCGAGAAAGCAGUCAGUGAGAUGCCGGUGAAGAACGGGGAACAGAAGGCUGACACUGGCUCUCGAGAACCGCCUCUUGGAACGGCGACAGGCUCGUCUGACUCCCGCGCCUGCCCGAGCCCAGGGCCUUCUGUGUGCGUGGCGUCUUCUGUCUCUGCGUCCGUCUCGCCUUUGCCCUCGACGCCACUCUCGAGCGUUGAGUCGCCCCGCUCCGUCGACCAGGCGGCUGGCUCCGUUGGUGUCCGAGCUGCCGAGAAGGCUGCCCCGGGGGAACCAGGUGCCACAGAGAGACAAGAGAGACAAGCGAGUCAGACGGCCGGAACGCAGAGGGAAGCCGAGCGGAGCGGGCGAGGACUGACCUCGAGAGAUCACCGAAAGGCCGAGGGCUCGGCACCGCUUCCAGCAACGGUGGGUCUCCUGCCACUGGCUCUCACCGAAAUGAAAAGCAGAAAUCAGCAAGUGGACGCGCCGCCCGCGCCUGCGACUGGAGACAUCUCCGCCGGCGGCGCGGCGACGGGGCAGGGCCGGAGGAGCCGCUGGGGGAUAGCGCGGGCGCGCGGGUCGUCCGCGCAGGCCCCAGAGAGCGAGACGGCGGGAGACGGAGGAGGCACGGGCAGUGUCCAGGGCGGAGGCGAGCACCUUUCCUCUCGGAGUGUCGACGGCGACGCGACUUGCUCCGAAGCGACUGCCGUGCGAGAGAGCCCGAGAGCGGACCAGGUCAAGAGCGUCGGCGAGAGGACCGGAGGGGACACAGCGGGGGGAGCCGCGAAGGACGCAGAGUCUGGCGACUCUAACGCGACACCGGCAACGUCGCGUAGUCGUGCUUCCGGAGAGGACGCGAUCGACACGGAGACCGCGCGGAGUCCCGUGGAUGGGGAGGGCAGAAGAAGUUGGGAGUCGCCUACUUGGUCAGCGAAUGAAGACCAGGAGGCGCAGAAGGGAGACGACGGAGCAGUGGAAGGCCUGGCGCUCUCUCGGGCGGCGGAAGUGCCUUCACGGGACGGAGCCGUCCCGGGAUCCACCAAGGACGGAGAAGUGCGUGCAAACGGAGAGGACGAAUGCACCGAAGCUGAAGAGAAAAAGGGGCAGAGACCGGUGGACAGCAGAGAAGCCGACGGGGGCGAAGCGGCGUCUCAGUCCGAGCGAGAGGGACGAAAGCUGCUGGACCAAGAAAGAACGACCGCCUCCUUUCUCCCGUGCUCUUCACCUUCGCCGCCGUCCCCGAGUCCGGAUCCGUCUUCCGGUUCGUCCUCCGUGCGUCACCCCUCGCAGGGCGAAGCAGCUGGGAAUAAGCCGAGGUCGCUGUCUCUGUCUCCUCACGCUCAUGCAACGCCUGCGCUUGCCUCUUCGCCUCCGUUGUCUCCGCCGCUCUCGCCGUCUGCGUUUGGGUCUUCGUCCUCGGUUUCCGAUUCGACCGCGGCUUCGCUCUCUCGGACGCGGUCGAUUGAGGCCCCGCCUGCGCAGGAGUCAUCGGACGCCGAUACCAGUGUGGGGAGCGAUGCAGUUGACGAGGGGGUGCGCCCGGUGUUUGCGGGUGCUCCCCCCAAGAAGGGAGGGACAGCGCCCGUGAGAUCACAUGUUGCUGAGAAGCCCAGCGCGAAGAUCGUGAAUCUUCCUGCCUUGGCUGCAAGAGACGCCGCGCAAGGUCGGUCGCCUGGAGAGGCCAACUCCUCCUCAGAGAAAGACAGCUCGCCGAGAUCGGUGUUCCCUUGGCGUGCCUUCCAGUCGCCUGUCGUGUUCUUUGCGGCCUCGCCGGCGUCUGGAGGCCCUCGCGGUCGCGGCGAGAGCGCGGAAAUGGCGCCCGCUCCCGAGAGACAACAACGCGAAGUGCAGGGCGAGGAGACAGGCGACGCGACCGGCCCCCGCAGGGCCGGCGCGCCCAGAGGCCAGAAGCGCGAGACGAAGUCGGGAGUCCAGACGGCGAGUCCUGCGCGGAAGAGAAAGAAGCCCCGGCGCCUGUCUUCCCUGUCAGCCUCUGAGUCGCUUCCAGAAUCGCCAGGCCAGGGGCAAGCAGUCGCCCGGCCUUCUGGACCUGCGGCGGGGCCGUCGAAACUUGCGGCUCCACACCUGCUCGCCCCUCUUGUUCGUCAGAACCCGCGUCUGCUGCGCCUGCCUCAAACAAGCAUUUGA